AUGUGUUUUAAAGACAAAGUCGUAUUCAUCAGUGGAUCAAGUUCUGGAAUCGGAGCAGCAACUGCUAUAGAAUUUACCAAAGCUGGCGCAAAUGUCAUUAUAAAUGGAAUUAACGAUACCAAGUUAAAAAGCGUUUAUGAAAAAUGCAUAGAAUACGGUAAAAAGCCGUUAAUGAUAAGUGCUGAUAUCUCAAAAGAUGAAGAAGCAAAGAGAGCUAUCGAAGAAACGAUAAAACAUUUUGGAACACUUGAUAUUCUAGUUAACAAUGCUGGUUUCUCAAAAUGUGGAAGCAUACUUGAUGGAAAUCUAUUGAAAAGUUACGAUGAAGUAAUGGCUACAAAUUUAAGAGGAGCAAUGCAUUUGACUGAAUUAGCUGCACCAUAUUUGAUAAAAACUAAAGGAAAUAUAGUUAAUGUGUCGAGUGUAGGUGGCGUUGCUGUUCCAGUUUUGCCACAGAUGAUAUCAUAUUGUGUUUCUAAAGCGGGUCUAGAUCAUUUCACACGAUGUUCGGCGCUAGAGCUCUCUAAAUUUGGAGUACGAGUUAACGCAGUUAGCCCCGGUCCUGUAGCAACGGAUUUCCGAAAAAACUCCGGUACUGAAAAACUAAUGGCUGAUCGAAAAAUUCAUCCCGCUUUGGACAGAGUUUCGGAACCGAUUGAAAUAGCAGAUGUGAUAUUGUUUUUAGCAAGUGAUAAAGCAAAGGGUAUCACCGGAUCCAAUUUUGUAUCCGAUAACGGUCUUCUUUUAAAAAUAUAA